CCCUUCCCACUCUCCAAAAAAUCACGGGGAGUGACUGUGACAGGAGGAAGGCGACAGAGAGAGAGAGGGAGAGAGAGAGAGAGAGAGAGCAGAAGAAGGAGCAGAGGAACUUCUCAGGACUUCACUACGUUUCUUUGCACGGACCAGACUGGAGCUUUAAUCUGGACUGAUAAUCAAUAUCUCUGAUCAGCAGCGGAGUGUUUCUGCGUUUUGGAGGAGCAUGCGGCUGGAUUCACUGUUCAGGCUCUAUGUGCUGUGGGGCUUUGUGGUGGUCACGACCUCUGUGACCAAGGCCGCCAAACGGAAGGUGACAGGCCGACGGUCCAGACAGGUGUUUGAGGCGGAGCCUGUGGAUGGGGUGUGGUCUGCUUGGGGGGAGUGGUCAGAAUGCUCUCAGACCUGCGGUGUUGGCGUCUCGCAGAGGAGCAGGACGUGUUUACCUCCUCCACAGUCCCCUCCCCUCUCCCACUCCCCACCUAACUGGGCGGGGUAUCUGCCUGGGGGCAUAGGAGGUCCUGUCAUCUCACCUGGGUUCCCCUACUACCCCCCUCGUUUCCCUGGGCAACACCCACCGUAUCACUCCCCGCCAAUCUCCUCUAAUCACAACCCAGGAUUGUCUCUGUAUCGGAAUGCCCCCACAGGAGGUGGGGGAGGAGCUCCUGUUCCCAGACAGGCCAAUCCAUCUCUCCCUUUUUACCAACAAGAAUUCUCCCCAACAAAUCAGGACCAUGUGUCCGUUUACCGAUCUCCCUAUCAUGCUCCUUCGCAUGGCUACACCCAGCCGGCACGGACCAUCAGGAGACCGACCAAUCCAGGAGCAGUGAGGGGUGGAGGAAGCGGAAGCAGGAGGUCCGUCUCCCCCAGUCGGGAGGGUUUGCCAGCGAGAAGGUCCUCCAACAUCCGUCCAGGUCAGUUUGGGUACGGCAGGGUCCCCUUCUCUUUACCACUGCACCGCCCGAACCGACAGGCUCGCCACACAGUCAACGGCACAGCAUCACCAACAUCUGGACUGGCUGAAGAUGAGGCAGGGAACAACAGGGGAGAGGAAGAGAGGGGGAGUGAUGGAGAAGAUAGGCAUGUGGUGAGGAGAGAGGAAGAGAGGAGGAACGUAGAGCAGGAGAGCACGGAGCCCCCUGCUGCCGAGGAGGUGCCCACCACGGCCGCAACACCUGGCAAACCUCACCGCCAUGUUGACAGACCCUCACACUCCCGUACAGAGCACGUGAGGGGGAGGGAGCAGCACCCGUCCUCCCGCUCCUUCUCCCGCUCCUCAUCGCCGUCUGGAUCCAGCCGCCACCGCUUUGACUGGCACUCCGUCACCGCUCCACCCCCUCCCAACCCUCCUCUCUCACGCCCCAACUCCCCCGCCUCGCCCUUCUCCCAAUCCCUCCACCGCCCCAGCCCCGUGCACAUAGACAGGGAGCUCCACCCAGUCUUCAGCCCGCAGGCCCAACCCGCAGGGAGCAUCUACCCUCUGCAGCACCCCCACGUCCCCCACCUGGGGGUGGAAUCAGACCGGGAUGGUGGAAGAGGAGCUCCUCCGGUCAUCAGAUGCUCUGGGCCGGAGAAGGAGUACCGCAGGUGCUUCUCACAGGUGUGUGCAGGUGGGGCGCUGGACUCCAGGGCGGAGCAGUGUGCAGCGUUUAACACCCAGGAGUUCAUGGGUCGAAUCUACGACUGGGAACCUUUCACUGAGGUUGGUGCGGACAAGCAGUGCGAGCUGACCUGCAGACCUGCCAGCUAUCGUUUCUACGUUCGUCAGGCCGAGCGUGUCAGAGACGGGACUCCCUGCUUCAACGUCAGCUCAAAUGACGUGUGUGUAGAAGGACAGUGUCUGACGGAGGGCUGCGACGGCGUCCUGGGCUCCGGCUCCGUGACUGACAAGUGCGGAGUGUGUGGCGGGCAGGACACCUCCUGUCGGAAGGUGACGGGAAGCUUCCAAAAUGACACGGUUCCCCUCGGUUACCACAAGAUCCUGGACAUCCCACCGGGAGCUACAUUCAUUAACAUCACGGAGAGACGAGCAAGCCCUAACUACCUGGCCAUGAGAAGUGGCACCGGGGCCUCAGUGGUGAACGGGCGUUGGGCUGUGGACCCUGCAGGAGACUACCAGGCAGGGGGGACCACCUUCACCUACACCCGACCUAGAGCGGAGGGGGAGGAACAGAAGGGAGAGUCCCUCAAGGCCCCAGGACCCACCACCACACAGCUACUGUUAUAUAUCAUUUUCCACAAGGAGAACCCGGGCAUCGACUACGAGUUUUACAUCCCCGUGGAGAAGAAGGAGGCAGGGAGGGAGAGGCUGACGGAGAGAGGGCGGGAGCGGGAGUCGGCCCGAGAGAGGCCCAGGGAGCGGGAGCCAGUGAGGGCGCCCCUUCGCAGUCCCCUCACCGUGUCAGUAGAAGACCCUCUUCCUGCCCCUCACCCUGUUUCCAUCCCCUCUUUCCCCUCUUCUUCCUCCUCCUCCUCGUCCACCUCGGCAUUUUCAUCCCCGUCCUCAGACCGCUGGAUACCUGACAGGUUGCGGCCUCGAGGAUCCGCCCCCAAUAGAAACGCUCGGAUCCCCCCUCGCACUGACCUGCCACCGGACACUCAGCCACCAUUUGUCUGGAAAAGAGGUGGACUCACAGAGUGUUCUGCUUCCUGUGGCAAAGGUUCUCAGUAUCGAGCGAUUCUGUGUAUAAAUCGUCACACAGACGAGGAAGUUCCAGAGAGGACGUGUGACUCUGCAGCCAAACCUGUUCCUGAGGAGGAGCCUUGUAACACACACCCCUGCCCACCAUUCUGGGAAGCCAGUGCCUGGUCCGAGUGCAGCGUUUCCUGUGGACCCGGCCUGCAGCAGAGGCAGCUCCAGUGCAGGCAGAGCUUUGGGAACCGCUCCACCAUGGUCCACCCGCAGCGCUGUGCCAGCCUCACGCCACCAGAUUCCAUGCAGGCCUGCGAGCUCCGCCUCUGCUCCCACUGGGAGGUCAACUCGGACUGGACCACAUGCUCAGUGGACUGUGGAGUAGGGAGGAGGACAAGGGGCGUGCGCUGUGUCAGCGAUCAAGGCAGCUUGGUGAACGACAUGGACUGCAACUCCGGACUCCGUCCACAGGGAAGUGAGGAGUGCAACAUGGGGCCCUGUGUCACCAACUGGUACUUCACCGACUGGGCCAGCACGUGUUCCGCACAGUGUGGCCCCGGGGUGCAGAAGAGAGAGGUGGUGUGUCUGACUCGAGGAGGGGUCAGAGAGGGUAAAGGAGGAGGGGACUGUGUUGGGGACAAACCGGCAGAGAUGAAGGCCUGUAAUGGAGGCCCCUGUGUGCCAACAGCCAUGUGGUACAGCAGCCCCUGGACACAGUGUAACGUGCCAUGCGGAAGUGGAACUCAGCGACGUGACUUCAUUUGUGUUCAAAAGACGGGGAACGAUUUUGCUGUCGCGCCUGUCAGUGAGUGUGCUCAUCUGGACAAACCUGCUGCGGUCCAGGAGUGUGAGAUGGGAGAGUGUCAGUCACAGUGGUUCACGACAGAGUGGAGCGCGUGCUCACGUUCAUGUGGAAAAGGUUUACAGAUGAGGGAGGUGCGGUGUCUUAAACCAGACAAAACGCACAGCCCUGAAUGUGACUCCGACACCAAACCAGCACAGGAGCAAAUAUGCAACACAAUCCCCUGCAGUCCCCAAGUCUCAGAUGAAAACUGCCGGGACAGACGUCACAACUGCGUGAUGGUGGUGCAGGCCCGGCUGUGCGUCUACUCCUACUACAAGACCGCCUGCUGCGCCUCGUGUACCCAGAGUGCUCAGCGUGCCAAGAGGCAAUGACCUGCCAAGCAGAGACAGGUGCGCAGGAAGUAGUCGAGGAUUAGGUCAAGAGGGCCGAUCACCCCUGAAAUGACGAGUCUGUAGAAACGGACGGCCCAGAGUAGGCGUGUGAUGGCUUCAGUUAACAUUCAGCUUUUUUUUUUCUCCUGAGUCUCCAGGCCAAACACUGUGAAAGCAGCCGGUUCCUCUUGCCAUUACUUUGCAUACAGUUUAACAUCGUCUCUUAGAACCGCUUAUUCCACUGAGCUUGUUUCUGUUUACUUAUUUUAGUAUUUGUCAAGAUUCAUCCUAAUCUACAGGAUCCUGAGACAGAUUUAAACAGACAUGCAUACCACUAAUUAUGUUCU